GUGUGUGGGGUCGGCAACUCUCAUAGCCAGCUGCACCACUUCACACUUCACAGUAGGAAGCCUACGCCUCGUACUUGCAGCAACGGGACUACUCUUUUCACCCUUCGUUUUCACUGCAUGCUGUCAAAGCUGCAGCGAUGAGGAAUUUCUUUAAAAACAUUUUCAUACAGGAAUGGAACGGAGGGUAUUCCGACUGAUGAAACAGAGCUUUAUUAUUUAUGUCACUGGCUCCGAAACUCUAAAGACUUUAGGGUAGAAUAUCUCCACUAGAUUCAGGCAAUCACGGAUGACACCAUGGAAGCUCCGGUGAAUUCUGAGAAAUCACAGCUUGUAAAUGAGAAGAAUGCCAAAAUGUAUUCACUACAACUGAAAAGUGAAUUUCCAGAUUCUAAGGACAGCUAUCCCAGCAUGCCUGUGGAGAACGGCGAUGUGGCCGGGGCCAUCGAGCUGAGGCGGCCCGUGCGCGCCCACUGUCCUGGCCACAAAGCGUCCAACAGGGAGUGGGACCGGCUGCUCGCUCAGAAGAAGCUCUACAUCGCCUCAAUAGUGUGCCUGGUGUUUAUGAUCGGAGAGGUGAUAGGGGGCUACCUAGCUCACAGUCUGGCCAUCAUGACAGACGCUGCUCACCUCCUGACAGACUUCGGCAGUAUGAUGGUCAGUCUCUUCUCUCUGUGGAUCUCAUCCAGGCCACCUACAAAGACAAUGAACUUUGGCUGGCAUCGGUCAGAGAUCAUGGGAGCACUGGUGUCGGUCAUGUCCAUCUGGAUUGUGACAGGUGUCCUAGUGUACCUGGCCAUUGACAGGAUCGUCCGGAAUGACUAUGAGAUUGAGAGCCAUGUGAUGCUCCUCACCUCUGGCUGUGCUGUAGUGGUCAACAUCAUCAUGGCCUACAUCCUGCACCACUCCACCACUUUCCAUGCCCACGGCGCCGGCUACCAAAAGAUUGACGAGAGUGGCGUGAGCCUAAGCCCCGUGGGUCACGGUCACUCCCACGGCCUCCUGGGCGGCCACGGCAACACCAGCGUGCGGGCCGCCUUCAUCCACGUGCUGGGAGACCUCCUGCAGAGUGUGGGGGUCAUGGUGGCGGCCAUCAUCAUCUACUUCCGGCCUGAAUACAAAGUCGCCGAUCCUAUUUGCACCUUCCUGUUCUCCGUGUUUGUGCUGGCCACCACGCUCACAAUCAUGAAGGACGUUUUCCAGAUACUCAUGGAAGGGGCACCGAAAGGCAUUGAGUUUAACUCUGUGAAGGAGGUGCUGCUGUCUCUGAAGUGUGUGAAGGCCAUCCACAGCCUGCACCUCUGGGCUCUGACUGCAGGCCAAUCGCUGCUGUCUGUCCACGUCGCUAUUGAGGACAAAGCCGACCCACAGGCAGUUCUGAGAGAGGCCACCGAGCUCCUGCAGACCAAGUUUGGCUUCUACAGCACCACCAUCCAGGUGGAGCACUACUGCGAGGACAUGGUCCACUGCACUCAGUGUCAGGACCCGCUGGACUAAUGGGCCAAGCU